UUUGAUUCAGAAACGCAAUGACGCAUCGCGAUUGGCUAGUGCGUUUGCAUUCAAGUUAUCAAAUACCAGACGGCCGUUAAGAAAGCGGUUGUGUGCCAAACAUUGGAACGGUGACAGAAUCGAAGAUCAUACAAGAAUUUUUAAUCAAAUAGAACAAUUCGUGUGUUUUAACGUUGUACUAAAUUUGUGUACCAAUCGUGACAUAAAGUGAUUAUAAUAUUUAUCGUGGGUACACGUAGUCGAAGAGAAAUCGUGUUUUUGUUGCCCAGAGAAGAUCGACUGUGAAUGCUAAUUCCAAUAAUUUUAAGUGUUCUUCAAUUUGUACAUACUACAUUUCAAAAUAAUUACAACAGUGUAACGACGAAUGUAUUUAAUCGAGUCGAAUCUUUAGUAAAAAGUGAAAAAAAGUAUCGUCACGAUGUCAAGUCCAAGGAGCAUCGGUAGUUCAACUCGAGAAGGCACUCGAAUAGUACUUCGAGAAAUUACUGCAUCCCUACACAAUCUAUCGCCGAUAUCUUUGCGUCUCAAGAGCGGCAACGACAGUCCAGCAGCGAAAACAGCGGAGCAUGAGGUGAAGGUUCGAUUUGCCCGCGAAUUUGCCGACGUCGGAGCGAUCACUUAUGCCACUCCAGAAACUCUGUCUUCGGCAAGCAGUUUCCAGAGUCUAAACAGUACCUUCAGCACCAAGAGCAGUAACAACGGCGUGGCCAGCGCGGACUCUUUGCCUCAUAGUCCUAAUCAGAUAGUGAACAGUUCCUACGUGAAUCCAGAGAUAUCAGGCUUGGACGACUUGAUCCUCGGUUGCGCCGAGAUACAGCUAAACAGCGAAGAGGAUCACUCGUGCAAUCAUAGCUCUCAGGAUCUCAGUCAAGAUCAGACGUUCGCCUCAGCCACUGACGACCUAGGAGCCGAUCGUACUAGUGAGUUUUCUCUUACAGAUUCCCAGAAUGGCACACAGAUUGUAGAAACCGAUUCGACUGCUGAGGAGCGCUCGUGUACGCCCAAUCGCACGCAAGAUUAUCAGGACCGACCCAUUCUAUUAGGCACUGUCUGUAUUAGACAACCCUUGCCCGUAGCCCUCGUUACAAACAACAAACAAAACGAGAGCUUAAGAACUCAGGAGUCGAUCAACGAGAGCUUCAAGACUCAGGAGAGCUCGAAGAGCCAGCAGUCGGUGAACGAGAGCCUGAAGAAUCAGGAGACGGUAUACGAGAGCUUGAAAUAUGAGUCGAUCAGCGGAAGCUUGAAGACCCAGGAGUCGAUUAACCAGUCGAUUUCACCCAACAAAAGCGCCGAUGAUUCUCAUGGAACUAGUAGCUCGGUGAACAACGUCGAUGAUGUUUCUCUUCCACGUCCCAGUCCCGAGGAAACUAAUUUGAAUUCGACGGUAUCCUUGUCCCUCAACGAGGAGAUUUCGGACAUCUGUCAACAGGAACAACGUACUUCGUUAGCAAAUAAUUCGACCGAAGCGAGUCCUUUGAUCUUGAACGUACCCAACUCUGCUUUGAACUCGUUUGAAUCUUCAGGGCGCGAGGAGUACUCGUUGCCUGGUAUAUCUACGUUAGCGGAACAAGUGGAAGGGCUAUCGCUGCCUAGUAUACCGACAUUAUCCUCCUUCACGGUAACAGACUCCUCAGGGUCGAAUGAAAACGACUCUCGCGAGGAGAAGGAUGUGAAGAACCUAUUGCCUAGAUCUUCGUCUCCCGUUCUCCUUGACGGUAGUCCCGCCUCUUCGCAGGAUGCGCUAAGAGGAAGCCCUAUUAGGGAAUUACUGACUAAAAACAGUUUGUUAGAAGCAACCUCGCCUAGUGUUUAUCAUGCUGCAAGCGAUGAAGAGAAUUGCACGAACGACACUGCCGUCGUGAGACCGAAAACGCCUGAAGUUCAACAGAAUUUGGAGCAGACGAGUGUUCACGAAACUGAAAGUAGUAAUAUUGCUGCUAAGAAGGUUGAGCUUUCUCCGCCAAAGAAAGGUAGCCUAAAUGUUUCUUCUUCCAGGAAGGAAGAAGUAAGAAAUGACGAAUUAAGUAAGUCCUCGGACACCAAACGAGUAGACUGCGUUGAGAAAGUAGAAUCGAUAGAUUUGGCCAAGGUGAAAAAAGAAGAAGAAGAUAACGAGGAAAAGUUAGAUAGAACGCUUACCUUGCAAGAUAUUUCUUUGAAUGCAGAAAGUGGACUGGACUUGGACCACUAUACAGACUUUCAACCGCAACGGCAAAGUACUUCAUUAGACACAUUAUCCAUUCAGCAGCCAAAUUUUGAGGACUUGAAGUCUGCUGCAGCCGAAGAGGUUGCCAAUGAUAUUUUUAAGGCCUCGUUGGAAUUCUCGAAUGAAACAGAUCAUUUCGUCAGCGCGACAUCUGAAUUGUUUCAAGAUCCUAAGUGCUUCGACUUUUUGAUAGCUCACGGAAACUCGAAGAAAAAUACUAUAAAUCGUUUGAGAGCGGAAUCUUUAUAUGUGAAGUUUGAUCCAUUGGUAUCGGACACCAGCAUGUUACCUCAAGGAAAUGCUCAGCCUAUGAACGAAGAGCAAAAUGGCAAAAGCGAAAACGCACCGACGGAUAUUACCAGUCCGAAAUGUAAUCCUGCCAUAGCUGCCAUUGACAGGCUACUUUACUUUAGUCCUAUUUCUACGCGCACUGUUCAAAAGAUGGAGGAACCUCGAGAAAAAAUUGAACAGCCUGCAGAGGAACCAAAAUCAGAGACUCCACUUAUUAUUGAUAUUAAUAUGAGUAAAGAAUUAGAAUUAGUAAAAACGACUGUACUGCAAUUAGAGGAGGAACUGAAGAAACAGAAGAAGGAAUAUGAAGUGGAGUUGGAAAAGCAGAAGAAUUCUUUUCAAGAAAAAAUGAAUAAGAUGCAAGCACAAUUGGCACAGGAGGUAAAAAGUAAAUCUCAGAUGACGGUCGUGGUCGAAGAAUAUGAAAAAUCGAUUAGUCGACUGCUCACGGAGAAAGAAAGGGAUCGUACGAAUUUUGAACAAGAGAAGGCGAAGCUUCAGGAAGAAUUGCAAGCCACGAACGUUCAUUUGACCAACACGGAAGCUGCUUUCAACGAUGUUCAUCAGAAAUACGAAAGGUUAAAAGGAGUUGUGUCCGCGUACAAGAAUAAUGAGUCGGUAUUGCAGGAAAGUAUUAAAGAAAAUAUGGAAACUAUAAAAGAUUUAGAAACGCGGUACGACCAGUUGAAGAAUCACGCUAUGGCUCAACUCGAAAAAGCUAACUUUGAUUUGGACGCUAUGCGAAAGCAGCAUGAAGACGAAACGGUGAAACUUCAUGCGAUGUUAAGGAAAGCAGAACUUAAGAGCAAUUCUCUGGCUGAGUUAGUCGAGCAGAAAACUAAAGAGAAUAAAGAACUGACGCAAAUAUUGGACGAAGUGAUCGCCAGGGUGGGUCAUCAGAAUGCGGAAUAACGAGCGAAAAAAUAAACGAGUAUCGCGAGUGCAACACGAUUAGUCUUUAUUUUUUUACUCGGCCCUUAACAUUUUAGAUACAACUGUAUGCUAGGUACGAUUGAUAUACAUGUAUACAACGCGUUGUUUCUAAAAUUAUUAAUUGCAAAGUUAUGUUUUGUUUCAGAGAAGCACCUUUUAUUAAUUAUUUAUAAGUUGUGAAAUAUAUAUAUAUAUAUACUAUUUUACCGCUAAUAAAAAAAUAAGUAUAUUAAAAACAACCUUUUCAUUUUGUGUUUAAACAGUAAAAACGUGUUUCAACAUUCACACACCACGCGUUAAUGCUUCACGCGAUUUCUUAUAAUACAUUUUCAAAAUGUCUCACUAAAUUCAGUUAAAUAAAAUCCACUGUUUAUACAUAUUCCACCCUGUCAUACAAA